CCAGUGAAAGAUUUUAUGUUAUUCACUGGCAUUUAAAGACACUUGUUUGUGCUGUGCUUAUUUCCCAGGAGGUCUGCAUUCAAAUUAUUGGGGAAAAAAUGCAAGACUUUUGCAUCUGUUGAGCCCUUUCUUCUUUAAGGCAUAUGAUCCAUCACUCUCAUCUCCCUGCUUUUUUCUUCCCCUUAGUCUCCUAAGAAUUUUGAAUGUAUUUUCUUUUGAUAUUUCUUCUUCCCUUUUCUUUAGGAACUCUUCAUCUUUGCAGAUAAGCUGGCAUUCAGAAGGAGGACACUUGAGAAAGAAAGGAAGCCAGUAAAAUAAUGCUAUCACAGAAGAAAGGAUGAGGUCAGUGUGGGCUCUAGUCUUAUGCCACAGGUUAAUUAUCAUCAUAUGUAGCCUCUAAUUAAGAUAAAAUAUGGAGAAUAUCUUAUUCCCCCACAAAAUGAAAAGGAACUUAGCUUAAACUAUGGAAUAAUUUCAUAGGUUACCACAGUCAAAUUCAUGCCCAUACCUCUAUAUUCAGGAACUCUCCCUUCAUCAUCCUGAGCAAUGAGGAAGGGGACUACUGACUCCAAAUUUUGGAAAUAUUUAUGUCAUGGCCCAUUGCCCUGAUGGAUUUGUUGACCUUUAAUAUUUAGAAUCUCUGCCUCUAUGCAUGUUACCCCCUGAUAUCGGCAUGUAACACAGAUAUGGUAGAUUUAGAAGAUGACACUUGAUUAGACACAAAAUGUGGAAGAAAAAAUAUCAAACUGUGUAGCUGAAUGUUACCCAGAAGUGAAGAAAGGCAUGCAGCCAGAUUUCCCCAGCUCUUUGUUUCAUCACAUGAUGUUGCUUGGAUAUCAGCUUAUCAACAGACUUCCACCACCACCACCAGCAUAUAAACAGAGUCCGCGUAAGAAAACUACACUGAAUAGAAAUGGCAGCUUUUAAAAGUGGGGGAACUACAGUAUAGGGUAUAGGAUAAACGAUGGGACAAAACUGGAAAAGACAACAAAAGCUUUGGAAUGUUCCACAACUUCCUUUUAUUCGAGUUCCUCCCUCCAUCUAUGACGCUUCCUUACUAAAGGCCCUCAACCAAGGGCAACAGCGCUACUUUUACAGCAUUAUGAGGAUUUACAACUCCAGGCCCCAGUGGGAGGCCCUGCAGACCCGCUACAUUCACAGCCUUCAGCACCAACAGCUGCUUGGCUAUAUUACUCAACGGGAAGCCUUGUCUUAUGCUCUUGUACUUAGAGAUUCAACCAAGAGAGCCUCAGCCAAGGUAGCUCCUCAAAGAACCAUUCCCCGGAAAACUUCAGCCAUGACAAGAAGAUAUCCAUCAGUACUACCUGUAUCUGUGGUUCUACCUAGGGCCCAAAGUAAAAGGUGCCAAAUGCUCAGGAACUGAGACUUGGCAGCAUUUUCAGAAACAGGAA